AGGAACAAGACGUGAGGACCAAGAGACUGCCACCUCUGAUGCCAGUAGAGGACCUCCGCGUGGUGUAACUUCUAUAGGAGGUUUGGAAAUACCCAGUACUGCUAGUGAAAGGGCCAGUAGAACAAGUAGUAGCAAUAGGAUUAACACUAGCACUAGACCAGCAAGAGGCGAAGAGAGCCUUAGCACUGCUAGAGAAGGUUCUAGUUCUGAACGAGCAAGAAGUAGACAUCUGUCAGGGAAUUUCCGGCUUCUCCGAAAAAGAGAUCUGCUUUUUGGCUAUGGGAGAUUUGCGCUUUUUUUGAUUUCGGAUAGCAUCGCCCUGUUGGCACUCAUCAUUAAGCUUAGCGAUAUGCAGUAUGGGGGAUCGGGAACGACAUCUUUUGGAGAAUCCUCUACAGUGGACAACACUUCUCAACAACAGCACUAUUUGCAUGGAACAAGUCCUCCACCUGUUUUUACUGGUCGGGAAAGACACGUACACGUGAGAGACCCAUCUUCAGUAAAGUCUGCUCUUUAUAACACGAGCGCAAACGCGAUUAUUUACCAGGCCUCCUCAGCCGUCGCUUCAUCUGGGUCAGCCUUCGUCGGAAAAGGGUCCUCCGAAGAUAUUUGGGGUUCCUUACUGGCGUAUGUCCUCCUCUACCGUCUGGUCCUGGUCUUCCUGUCGUCCAGCUGCUACGGGC